AUGGGUGAGAUCGAUACCAAACCAAUUGAACCAGUCCAAGUUGCCCGGGUUUUGUUCGGGGAGAAAGGUGAUCAGAAGAAAUACAAAACUUCCAGCAGUAUUGAUCAAGAGACUGAUAAAGAGGAAGAUUAUGAUGAGCUGUCAAAGGAUUUGUCCAACUGCAAGGUACAAUUGGAAGCAAAGGAGGGCGUGUACUUGCAAGCGAUGUUGAAGCUGGAGCACCACCAGAAAACAGCUGAUGAGCUCUCCACCUCACUGAAAAAGGCCGAGGUGGAGAGAGACUUCUAUAUGGAAGAAUGUAGGGCAGCUAAGUAUCAGAUCGAAGAGCUCGAAACGAGGGUUAAAGAGGUUGCUGAGAACCUUGCGGAGAUGGUGAAAACAAAGGAGCAGCUUUUACUGACUCUAACUGAACUGAAGGCUACACAAAAUGAGGUGGUUAGAUUGGAGACAGAACUUGCUGCUGCCGGAGAAUCAAAUUUCAAGGUCAUAGCACGAGCGGAACAAUGGGAAAUCACUGCAGAUAAGGAGAGGGAGAAAGUGCAGGAGCUUGUAAGACACAUUUCAGAGCUCAAUGAAGUUAUUUAUAUGUCGAAGAUGGCUGCCAUUGACGCAGAGAAAGAACAAUGUGCUAUUUUGGCUGAAAACAAUGCUGAGAUUGAGUUUGCGACCGAAAAGGCAUUUGAAGCACAAGAGAAGUUGGAAGAUAUGAAGAGACAAUUGGAAGGAGAGCAUGAAUUGGAGAACAAACUGCUGGCUAAGUCAGAAGUUGUUGAUUUACUGCAGUCGGAACUCAAUCAAGCAUUUGGGUCUCUUAGCUCAUCCGAGAAAGCUAAUUCUGAUGCUAUAAACAAGCUAAAAUCAGAUAUGCAAAUAAAUGAAACAGAGAAUUCUGAACAAGCAUUGUAUAUUCAGACAUUGGAGAUGGAACUGAAUCAGUUCAAAGAAGAUAUCAAUAUUGCAAAUGAAGAGGUAGGCCACUUGAAAUGGGAUCUCGAAUUGCUGAGUGGAGAGCUACUGAAGGCAAGAACUGAAAUAGAAGAAAUCAAAGGAAGAGAGACUGCAGCACAAGAUGAGAUAGCAUUGCUGAAAUCCGAGCUUGAUAAGGAAAAGUCGAAGAUUACAUCAGUGGAGGCAGCUGAAGCAAGAUCAGAGAGUGCUGAAUCAGUUUUCUAUUAUGAUGUAGAAGCAGAAGUGGUAUCUGAAGAAUCCGAGAACUCUAGGUUUAUCAAACCCCAAAACAAAUACUUCUAUCAGAAUUUACAACACCGUCCGACAGAUGUCUUAGAAGCAGAAGCUGAAGAAAAAACAGAUGAGAUUCAUGAAAAUGAUGCGAAGAUUACAAUUUCUGUUGAGGAAUACUUAUCAUUAUUGAAAAAAAUUGAGGAGGCUGAUAAAGUUUCUCUGACACUAGCAGAAGACUCUAACCAGAUAACCAGCUACGACAAAAACAAUGAAUUGGAAACUCUAAAGAAGGACUUGGAAGCUGCAAUGGUGAAAAUCGGGGAGUUCAGGACUCGAGCAGAACAGGCUGCUCGCAGGGCUGAAUCAGCAGAGAAAGCAAAAGCCGCGGUUGAGGAUCAACUAAGGAAAUGGCGCGAAGAGAACAAGAGACGAAAAGCUGCUUUAGCUGCACUGAAAGAGGAAUGUCCUCCAAAAGUAUAUAGUCCUCCCAAAUAUGACAACAGACCUAAAAAAUAUCAGCCAUUGGGGAAGAUACUGAACAUGAAAUUCUAG